AUGCACGCCACUACCGCUCUGCUCCCGCUAUUCGCUCUCGCUGCGAGCAUUCUCGCAGCCCCAGCUGCUCGUCGACCGGUAAUCCGCUCGGUGCCAGACAUCAACAUGGAGAUUCGAAAUCCGAUGCCGAUUGACGGCAGAGGCGCUAUCGGCGCCAUCUUCGAAGGCGACCUUCCGAAGGCUAUCCAUCACAUUUUCAGUAGGGCUGCUCCUGUCCUCGAGAAUGCUCUAGAAAACCCUGUCGACGUUGUUGAAAGAGCUGUGCCGUCUGUCCACAAGACGCUCGAGAACCCUGUGGAUGUCAAACAAUAG